AUGGAGAUCAGCAUGGAGAUGGACACCACCAAUCGGCCCGAUGAGUGGAUAAUCGAGCAGGGCAUGGCGGGCCACAAGCUGCCUAUCCUCGAUCAAAGUGGUAGCGAUACCAUCAACUUGUAUCCUCCCAACCCGACAAAGUUGAUGAAGGAUGAAGAGGCGAUUCGUUCCGUCGGCGAUCGCGAUAAACUGUUCGCCCGAGAGCGACCUGGUUGGAAAGGGUAUGUCGAGUGGGAAAACUAUCCCGAAAAGAAGGCCAAGGCCCACAAGCUCCUGACCUCUCAGACCUUCCCGGCCUGCCCUGACUUUAUGUUUGGGCCCAUUCCACCAACCAACCCCGUGCUGUCCGGUGAUGACUUCAAGGCCUGGCAUGCGGCUAUUGGUGGAGAAAUGACCACCGUUGCCGAUGACUCCUGGAGAACGGUCCUGCGCGAGAAGCACCCCGAUAUGCUGCACCUUCUUCAGUUCCCCUACAACGGAGAACCUCCCAAGCGUCUGGUUACCUCCAAGGCAAUCACGCCCAACCCACUCCAUUUCGUACGAAACCAUGGUGGUAUUCCGUACAUCGAAAAGGACAAGUUUGAACUGUCGCUGGACGGUCUGGUCGCGCAUCCGAAGACAUACACCUUGGAUGACCUCAUGGAUGAGAGCAGAUUCCCUCGUAUGGAGAAGACUGUCACCAUGCAAUGCUCAGGAACCCGUCGUAUUGAGCAGAUUGCUCUUUAUGGCGGACAGGGCGACGAGGUCCCUCAGGCCCCUUGGGCCGAGGGCGCUAUUGGCACUGCUCGAUAUGUCGGCAUCAGCUUGAAGAAGCUGAUCAAAGACUGCGGAGGUCUGAUCAAGCCGGCCAAGCACCUUGAACUGUACGGUGCUGAGACAUACGUCAAGGACCUGGAAGUUGGCAACUAUGUUGUCAGUGUUCCUUGGUCCAAGGUCAAAGCCAACGAGGUCAUUCUGGCUUGGGAGAUGAAUGGCGAGCCGUUGCCCAAGAUUCACGGGUAUCCGCUUCGAGUUGUGGUCCUUGGGUACAUUGGCGCUCGCAGCGUCAAGUGGCUCUACCGCAUCAAGGCCAUUGAGAACCCCUCGCGCGCACCUGUUCAGACGAGAGAAUAUCUGUACUUCAACCAGCAGGUCGGCAAGUACAACCAGCGCCCGACCGAUGGCAUUCAAAUCCAAGAGAUGCCAGUCAGUUCAGCGAUCAUGUCUCCCUGGACCAAGCAAGCCAUCGUCCACGUGGGCAAAAUUCGCUGCAAGGGAUGGGCAUAUUCCGGUGGUGGUCGCUGGCCCGAGCGUGUCGAGCUGUCGGCCGAUGGAGGCUUCACGUGGUAUUCAGUGCCGCCCGAAAACCUAUCGAAGAAGGGCAAGUGGACCUGGCGAACAUGGGAGUACGAUCUACCCUGUGAUGUGGAAGGCUGGAUUGAGAUUGUCUGCCGAUGCUGGGACAACUCGCUCAACACACAGCCGCUCAAUGUUCGCGCAGCCUGGAACUGGGGUCUUCAUGUCACUUCUUCGGCUCACCGUAUCAAGGUGUACAGCAUCAACAAGAGCCGGGAAACCACCAAGAAGCGCUUGGACAAGUAUGAGCAGCUGGGUAUUCCUCUGGCACCUCUCACUCGCUAUGAGACCGUACCGGGUCAAACCCCGGAGGAGUAUGAACGGUACUGGAAGGAGCACGACCCCCGCGACGUGGAUGAAUGA